AUGGACACUGCAGUGCCUUCGCUUGAGACGUUUGGCGAAGUUCAACAGGUUUGGCAUCCCUGGAGACAUUCCGGUUUCCUGUCGUGGCAAUUCCACAUUCUCAAUCACAAGGGGCACAUAAUAUCGACUGUCGAUCGUGCUUUUAGAGGGUUUGGGCGGAGGUACUCGAUAAAUUUCAAACCUUCUGCACUUAGUCUCGAAACACAACUUCCCGGAGUCAGUGCCCUUGAGCUCAAAAAUCCAUUCCCGAGCACCGCGCAUGAACUUGAUAUUGAUACUAGGGCCGUGAGUACAUGUUCUAUUGCUCUUGAACAUCGACUUCGACUACUUUUCCCGCCAUUCGGGAGGGAGUGGUUUAUUUUAUACGACAAGUUGGGAUUAAAUUUUAUUUUCAGAGAUAACUGA